AUGCUGGACAUGAGUGAGUCCCGCGCCCAGCCGCCCUGCAGCCCAUCCGGCACCGCCAGCUCCAUGUCGCACGUGGAGGACUCGGACUCGGAUGCGCCUCCGUCUCCCGCGGGCUCCGAGGGCCUUGGCCGCGCGGCGGGCGCGGGGAGCGGCGGCCGAGGCGAUGCAGCCGAGGCAGCGGACGAGCGCUUCCCGGCUUGCAUCCGCGACGCGGUGUCGCAGGUGCUCAAGGGCUACGACUGGAGCCUGGUACCCAUGCCCGUGCGUGGUGGCAACGGUGGAGCACUGAAGGCCAAGCCGCACGUGAAGCGGCCCAUGAACGCCUUCAUGGUGUGGGCGCAGGCGGCGCGCCGCAAGCUGGCGGACCAGUACCCGCACCUGCACAACGCCGAACUCAGCAAGACGCUGGGCAAGCUGUGGCGCUUGCUGACCGAGAGCGAGAAGCGUCCCUUUGUGGAGGAGGCCGAGCGGCUCCGGGUCCAGCACAAGAAGGACCACCCAGACUACAAGUACCAGCCACGGCGGAGGAAGAGCAUGAAAACGGGCCAGAGCGACUCUGACUCGGGGGCCGAGCUGGGCCACCACCCUGGUGGCACCAUGUACAAGGCUGAUGCGGGCCUCCAUGGUGACACACACCACCACGGUGACCACACAGGCCAGACCCACGGGCCGCCCACCCCGCCCACCACUCCCAAGACAGACCUACACCACCCUGCUGGCGGGGGCAAGCAGGAGCUGAAGCCAGAAGGGCGCCGCCUGGUGGACAGCGGCCGCCAGAACAUCGACUUCAGCAACGUGGACAUCUCAGAGCUUAGCAGCGAGGUCAUCAGCAAUAUGGACACCUUUGACGUCCAUGAGUUCGACCAGUACCUGCCCCUCAAUGGCCACUCGACCCUGCCUGCAGAGCCCAGCCAGGCUGCUGCUGCUGGCUCCUAUGGGGGUACUUCCUACUCCCACUCUGGGGCUAGUGUCGGGGUGUCCCCUGUGUGGGCUCACAAGGGAGCCCCAUCAGCCUCAGCGUCACCCACUGAGGCUGGACCCCCACGGCCGCACAUCAAGACGGAGCAGCUGAGUCCAGGCCACUAUGGUGACCAGCCACAUGGCUCCCCAGGUCGCUCCGACUACAGCUCCUACAGCGCCCAGGCCAGCGUCACCAGUGCUGCCCCCGCCACAGCUGCCAGCUCCUUCGCAAGUGCGCAGUGUGACUACACCGACCUGCAGGCCUCCAACUACUACAGCCCCUAUGCCGGCUACGCACCCAGCCUCUACCAGUACCCCUACUUCCACUCCUCCCGCCGGCCCUAUGCCUCGCCGCUGCUCAACGGGCUCUCUGUGCCACCGGCCCACAGCCCCAGUGGCAACUGGGACCAGCCUGUGUACACCACCUUGACCAGGCCCUGA